AUGGCGGUGAGCAACAACAUCACGGCGUGCGUGACGCUGAUGGCGCUCAUCUGCGCCGUCCCGGUCAUCGCGUCGGGGAUCUGGUUCGCGUCCGCGCAGGGGGAGGAGUGCGCGCGCCUGGCGCGCUGGCCCGUGGCCAUCCUCGGCGGCCUCAUCCUCCUCGCGGCGCUCGCGGGCUUCGUCGGCGCCUACUGGAACCGCCGCCGCCUCCUCGCCUUCUACCUCUUCGCCAUGGGCCUGCUCAUCGUCCUCCUCAUCGCGCUCCUCGCAUUCGCCUUCGCCGUCACCCGCGGCUCCGGGGCCUACCCGGUGCUGGGACGCGCCUACGACGAGUACCGCCUCGACGGCUUCUCCAUGUGGCUGCGCGGCUACGUCUCCGACGACCCCGGACGGUGGGAGGGGAUCAAGUCCUGCCUUGCCGUCUCAGACACCUGCAAGAAGCUCGCGCGCCAGGCCAGCUUCCUCACCGUCGACCAGUUCUACCAGUCCAAUCUCACCCCGCUCCAGUCGGGCUGCUGCAAGCCGCCGUCGGUGUGCGGGUUCGGCUACGUGAGCCCGACGGUGUGGACGAACCCGGCGCGGCCCGCCGCCGACUCGGACUGCGGGCGGUGGAGCAACGACCCGGCGCAGUUGUGCUACGAGUGCGAGUCGUGCCGCGCGGGCCUCCUGGCGACGCUGCGCCGGCAGUGGCACAAGGCCAACAUCGCGCUCGUCGUCGCCACCGUCUCGCUCGUCUUCCUCUACCUCGUCGGCUGCAGCGCCUACAAGAACGCGCACGCCGCCGCCAUCUACCGCCGCUACAAGUGGUGAUUGCGUCGAUCCAUCACCAGAACUCCCCAUUGCCGAUUUGUCGAUGUAAUCUGUUUGUUUUAGUAGCUUGGUAAGGACUUAAGGUAGAUGGACAGCGAAAAUCCUGGGAGGUUCAGAGUGCUGAACCGGCUAGCCAUAUGCAUGCUCUGUAGCGAUUUUCUGCGAGAGACUGUUGGUGUAAUGGUGGUGUUGUAAUUUGCAGUAG